GCAGCACGACAAUACCACGGAUCCGCCCCACCGCAACACGGUCGUGACAUCCAGAAGUUUCUGUGAGAGGUUCCGUUUGCCCUUAGUUGUUGGUUUCUUCCUUUCUCCUUGGUCGGCGUCUGUGUGCUCCAUCAUUAUCUUUCGAAUCGAAGGCCAAGAUGCGGAUUAGUUCCAAACUGAUGGCUGUCUGGCUCACGACAACCGUCGGUAUCGCUUCCGCCUUUCAGCCAGCGACACCUUCUCGUAUUCGCCAAAGUCCACGGACAACGGUCGUUCUAGCCAUGUCCGAUGACUGGAAGCCUCCGGCUCACUGGAAGUUUACGGGUUUCCGCUACAAGGAUUCUGCCAGACAGAGUUCCUACGAUACGGAUGGUGGCCUCAUGCCGGACGGUGGUCUCAGUCCCUGUGUCAUUAAAGUAAUUGGGGUGGGUGGUGGUGGCUGCAACGCGGUAGACCGAAUGUUGGACACGGCUGUAGGCGGCGUCGAUUUUUGGGCCCUCAACACCGAUGCCCAGGCUUUGGGCCGCUCGAAAGCUAAAGGGGCCAAAGUCUUGAACAUUGGGGCCUCCGCAACCCGUGGUUUGGGCGCUGGUGGCAAUCCGGAAAUUGGACGCAUCGCGGCAGAAGAAUCACGCAAAGAAAUUGCCGCCAUGGUUACUGGGACAGAUUUAUGCUUUGUUACAUCGGGUAUGGGAGGAGGAACUGGCUCCGGUGCGGCACCAGUGGUGGCGGAGGUUGCCAAAGAAGAAGGAUGUUUGACCGUUGGAAUCGUGACCAAGCCUUUUGCCUUUGAAGGAAAAAGGAGAAUGAAGCAAGCGAUUGCCGCGAUUGAGAGGUUGCGAGAGAAUGUGGAUACGGUCAUCGUAGUGUCCAACGACAGACUGCUCGAGAUUAUUCCGGAUGACACCCCAAUGGAACGCGCUUUCGCUGUGGCGGAUGACAUCCUCCGACAGGGCGUCGUCGGUAUUUCCGACAUUAUUGUUAAACCUGGUUUAAUCAAUGUCGAUUUCGCGGACGUACGAUCCAUUAUGAGUGGAGCCGGUACCGCGUUGAUGGGUAUCGGUAUCGGUGCGGGAAAGACUGCUGCGGAAGAUGCGGCGGCUGCUGCCAUUUCCAGUCCCCUGCUCGACUCUACGAUUGAGAAUGCCAAAGGCGUGGUCUUUAACAUUAGCGGUGGACAGAAUCUUUCUUUGAAUGAAGUGAAUCAAGCAGCCAAACUCAUCUACUCAACUGUUGAGGCCGAUGCCAAUGUGAUUUUCGGGGCUUUGGUAGACGACACAUUGGAAGACAAUAUUUCGAUUACUGUCUUGGCUACUGGAUUUGUGGAACGGGGACGCGAACAGGAAAUGAAGGUAUCCUACAAGAAGGAAUCGCCACUGGACGAAUUGAACGACGUUCGCAACGGAAAAAUGUCCAAGGCUAACACACCAACACCGGUAUCUCAGGAGAAGCGACGAGAAGUUGAGGACCCCCCUCCUCCAAGCCCGAAACGAGAUCCCCUACCGAAAGAAAGUGGCGACAAGAUUCCUUCUUUUCUCAAAAACUUGAAGAAGCGACGGUACAGAAUCCGAUAGUGCACCAUUUCAAGGCAAUUAUAUUAUAGUAUCGGCAGCAUUCAUCAAGCAGGAGGGGGAUUUCGUUUAUUGGCACGAGCAUGUGCGGUAUGCCACAGUAGGGCUUCCAGAGACAACGUAAAGCGAAGAAUUUUCCUCGAAGAUCGGAAUACAACCCUCACCAUUAAUUCAUCCAUAUUAACUACGAGUAAUAAGUCAGUUU